UACCUUGUCCAGCCAGUUUCUUGGAACAACUAUAGGAGUCACACCAGCUUUUCUACCACCAUGAAGGGGGCCUUCUCAAAUGCCAUCCUUGUUUUGGCCAUCUCUGCGUGGGCUGCCUUUGCAGUUGACUUCCCUCUUCCUGUGGGCAAAGAGGCUGGCCUAGAAGAGACAAAGGUUGAGUGCAUCAAGAACAUAAAUCAGUGCUGGUUUAUUUCCUACAUCAAGCCAAGUGAACGCAUAUGUGGCAGUGACCAGGUUACCUACAGUGGUGAAUGCCAUCUCUGCUUCAAAAUUCUACAUGAAGGGCUUAAAAUAACUAAACUGUAUGAUGGACCAUGUGAAAACUCCUGAAUUUACCAAGAAGACUUACAGAACUUUUCGAAUCCCAGAAAAUCAACUGAAACACAUGGUUGCUUCUUCAGGUAUAUCCCCUUUAGAGGAGAAUACUGGUGCUGGAGGAAACCAACAGUUAGGAUCAAACUCAUUGAUUUGCUUCUUUAGUAAAUGAUUCACAGCAGAAAAUCUGGCUGGCAAAUAUUUCUCUUGAUUAAUAAUAAUCUUUUAAAAAUAUCAGUUAUUCUAUGUUCUCAUCCCAAAACUAUAUGACUUGUGCUGUGGGCUCCCUCUGAUCUUAUACAGAUUGUGAGCAAAUGACCACAGAAGUCUAAACUAGGGAAUAGGUGCCUCAAGAGCAGCAAUAUUUACAACUUGAGGGCUUUGGUCAUUAUUGAGUUGAAUAUGUCAUGUGAGUGACACGGCUUUUGAUACAUCAGGAUCUAGUUUGAGAACAUUUCAACCAUAUCAUAAAAGAGAUUCAGAAUUUCCCUCAAAGAAAACUCACUGAGCACAAUACUUGGAGUAAUGCCUGGCCACAGUAAGGUUUCUAAAUACUUUACAAGCACUAACUUAUUUCAGUUUCACAACAAACUUAAGAAGUACAAUUCAUUUUAUAGACAAGGAAACUGAGGC